AUGAAACACACUGAGAUUGUACCUGAUGCCUUUGAUUUGACUCCUGCUUUUGCAAACCACAAAGCCAUUUCUGUCUGUGAAGCAAAAACAUUCUGGCAAGAUCAGCAAGCACAAGGGAAGGUUGACAUAUUGUUUGAAAAGGCAGAGCAGAAGCUAAGACUGCUGUGGCAAAAAGUCAAUGAUGGGUCAGCAACAGACAAAGAGUAUACAAGUGCCUUCCUGUUGGUGAAUGACAAUUUACUAGAUCAAGCACCUCAUGACUGCAAUGAAAAUGCUUCAGUUGAACUGCCAAAUGAGGAUAAGUUGCCAGAAAGAUGUGAAGAAGAGGUGACCAGCCCAGAGCCUGCUGUGAAUGAUACAGCUUUACCUUCCAUCACACAGUGUGUUCGUUUUUUGGAACAUAAAUGUGGACAGGCAUGCCUAUCUGAAGUGAAUCCAUAUUUCAACAAAAGAGGAAACCCACUCAGCUUUCCACUCAUAUGUCAGUUCCAGCGGUGGCACGUCAAGUCUAGCCUUCUUUCCAGGACGUUGGAUGUCCUCUACAAAGCCCCUUGUGGAAAGGGUCUGCGGAACUUUGAUGAUGUGCAUGAUUACCUCUUUCAGACAAAGUGCAACUUUUUAUUUCUAGACAAUUUUUCAUUCAACACUUUCCUUCAGCUAAAGAGAAAUCUAAUAAUGGGUCCAGUUGUAACUCAAGAAGCAGAUAUUAGCAGAGAUGUGGAGCUGGUGCCAGUCUCACUCUGCAAUGAAAUUGAUAAAACCAAACCAUCUUCUUUUACAUAUAGGAAGAGCCCAUGGCCACAUGGAUACUCCAUUAAUAAUUUUACAGAUCUCUUCACUGGAUGCUGCGACUGUACAGAUGGAUGUUUGGAUGUAUCAACAUGUACAUGUUUGCAGCUGACAGCCAGAGCAUGUAAUAACAAUGUAUCGUCACCCAAGCAGUCAGUUCCAACUGGUUAUAAGUAUAGGCGCCUCCAAGCUCCUAUUCCCACUGGGCUGUAUGAAUGUAAUGUAUCUUGUAAAUGUGAUCGAAGGAUGUGUCAGAACCGGGUUGUACAGCACGGUCUUCAAGUCCGACUUCAGGUGUUCAACACCAAAGAGAGAGGCUGGGGGGUACGCUGCCUGGACGAUAUUGACAAAGGGACCUUUGUAUGCAUCUAUGCAGGUCGGAUUUUAAUGAAAACUUCAAAUGUAGAGCUGCAGAAUACCAGCACUUCUGUAAUGCAGCCUGAUGACAAUAAGCCUGCUUCCAUUUUUUCUAAAAGAAAACGUCCUAUUUCCCUCUCAGAUUCUGAGGUCACUAAUCUGCCACCAAGUUCUUCCAGCAACCAGAAGCUUAGGGAUACUCAAGUGAGAUCAGGCUCAAGUCAUCAACCAGAAUUUCUAAGCAGAAACAAAAAAAGCAGAUUUCAAGAAAAAAAAUGUAAAUUAUACAUCUAUUAGGAGACCUAAAACCAAGACUGCUAUUCUCCAGAAACGCAGAAUGCAGCUCAGGGAAAAGGGUGCGGUGAUGGUGCAGCACAGUUCUGAUGAUGAAGACUUUGUCGUACCUGUCAGUUCUCAAAAACCACUGCACAAAAGCCACUCAGGACAUGAAGGGGGAGCUACUGAAAGGACAGAUGAUGCAGGCUAUUUAUCGGAUAACAGCACUUUGUCUAUAAAGUCCAGUGAGAGUAAUAUCCUGCUGUCUGCCUGUAAACGAAAAGAUGCCCUGCAUCACUCAGAGAGCGAAGAACAUAUUUGUGUCUUGGAUGCAUCGAAGGAAGGCAAUGUGGCCCGAUUUUUAAAUCACAGCUGUUCACCAAACCUGUUUGUACAACCUGUUUUUGUAGAAACUCAUUCAAAGAAAUUUCCCUGGGUGGCAUUUUUUACUAAGAGCCACAUAAAAGCUGGUACUGAACUAACCUGGGAUUACAACUACAAUAUCGGGACUGUCCCUGAAGAGGAGAUUGCAUGCCUGUGUGGACAUAAGACUUGCCGAAAUAUAACGAUUUGA